AUGCCAAUAGGCCUUGAAAGACCUAAAAAGGUACCUAUCAAGCCCCCCAUUACUGUCAAAACCAGGGGAAGGCAAGCAGUUGCUAAUAUAUCUAGCAGUCUCGGAAGUAGCGGUCUUAAAUUGGCUCGGGGACCAGGAUCUGAGGUCAUCGAAGUAAAAUGUGACUCCCAACUGGUAGUAAACCAAAUGUAUGGAAUUUUCGACGCGAAGGAAGAGCGCAUGCAAAAAUACCUGAACAAGGUUCAAACAUUGCUUGCACGAUUCAAGGAAUGGUCAAUCAUACAUAUCCCAAGGGAAGAGAAUGUGGAAUUAGAGGCAUUGGCCAAUUUGGGGUCAUCCACGAAGAUGAAGGGAUCUGAAUCCGAUACAGUCGUUCAACUUCUGCACUUGGUAUUGGAUGUGGACGGUUACUGCAAGGUCAACUCAACCAAUUAUUCUGGGACUAGAGGAAUUGAGUUCGUCGAUUACCUUCGACAGGGCAAGUUACCCAAAGACCUGAAGGCGUCCCGGGCAUUACGAACCAAAGUAGCUCAUUACCGCCUCGUAGAUGGGCAAUUAUAUAUAAGGUCAUACCAAGGACCAUUGGCCCGAUGUCUAGGAUCCUUGGAGGUGGACUACGUGAUGAGAGAAGUCCAUGAAGAAAUUUGCGGGAACCAUUCCGGUGCUGAUUCGUUAGUUCUAAAGCUAGUUAGGGCAGGUUAUUAUUGUCCACGACCGGAGCAUGAUGCAAAAAAAUUCAUUCAAAAGUGCGAUAAAUGUCAACGCCAUGCACAAUUGGUACAUCAACCAGCAGACUCUUGCAUUCGAUGGGACCACAUAAUUUGCCGAUUUGGAAUACCGAAGGAGAUUGCUUUUGACAAUGGGACACAAUUCAUGGGCUCAAAAGUAACAAAAUUUUUGGAAGAUUUGAAAAUCAAGAGGAUUACAUCUUCAUCGUACCAUCCAAGUGCUAACGGACAAUCAGAAUCAACAAAUAAGGUGAUUAUCCAUAACCUUAAAACGAAGCUAGAAGCUGCUAAAGGUAAAUGGCCCGAAGAUCUACCGGGUGUACUAUGGGCAUACCGGACAACGGAGAAGUUGAGCACGGGAGAAAAACCUUUAUCUCUCGUAUAUGGCACGGAAUCUCUGAUACAAGUGGAAGUAGGGGAACUAACUUUAAGGUUUUCCCCAUCAAACAAAGAAGCAAAUAAUGAAGCGAUGAUGGUGAGGUUGGAUUUGCUAGACGAACACAGGGACUUGGCGCAUGUGAGGGUGGUAGCUCAAAAGCAAAAGAUGGAACGAUAUUAUAAUCGGAGGUCCAAUCUCCGCUACUUAAAAGUAGGAGACUUGGUUUUUAGAAAGGUGACUCAGAGCACUCUAGUAGUCAACGCGGGGAAGCUGGGUCCAACAUAG